CCUUCGGCCUUCGGCACAUGGACAUUCGCUGUUCCGCGGCGCGCUAAAGCGUGGUUCUCGUUGGUUUAGUUUCCCCUUUUUUUAGGCACUUCCGGGUGCUGCGUCACUACGUAAACCCGCGAGUUCCGGAAGCUUGGAGAGCCCAGGUUCUGCUAGGAAAAGCCAAGCUUCCCAAAGAAUGUUUCAGGAACAGUUACUUGGAGCGGGGCGUUUCGCAGACUCCUAAGAACUCUUCCUUCUUACCUGCCUGUCAAUAAGGAGGGCCAGAAAAAAGAAUGGAAAGAAAAGAUAGGAGAAGAGAGGGAGGAGAGAGAGAGAAGAAAGAGGAAGAAGUUCCAAAGACCUUUAGAGAAGGCAUGGCUUCCAGAGAUGAGAAUAUGAAGCGGACAGACAGAGUGCUAAGAAUAAGCCAGUUGGAUGCACUUGAACUAAACAAGGCCCUGGAGCAACUCGUUUGGUCCCAGUUUACUCAGUGCUUUCAUGGAUUUAAGCCAGGGCUCUUAGCCCGCUUUGAACCAGAGGUGAAAGCAUUCUUGUGGCUUUUCUUAUGGAGAUUCACCAUCUACUCUAAAAAUGCCACCGUGGGACAGUCAGUUUUGAAUAUUCAGUACAAGAACGAUUUUUCCCCAAACCUGAGAUACCAGCCACUGAGCAAAAAUCAAAAGCUGUGGUAUGCCGUCUGUACAAUCGGUGGGAAGUGGUUAGAAGAACGAUGCUACGAUUUGUUUCGAAACCGUCACGUAGCAUCCUUCAGGAAAGCCAAGCAGUGCGUGAAUCUCGUGGUUGGACUUUUGAAGCUGGGCAGGUUGAUUAAUUUCUUGAUUUUCCUUCAAAGGGGCAAGUUCGCAACUUUGACCGAGCGUCUGCUGGGCAUCCGUUCUGUGUUUUGCAGGCCCCAAAAUGUCCGAGAAGUAGGCUUUGAGUACAUGAAUAGAGAACUCCUCUGGCACAGCUUUGCCGAGUUUCUGAUUUUCCUCUUACCACUUGUCAGUAUCCAGAAGUUGAAAGCCAAGCUCUCUUCAUGGUGUAUCCCUCUGACCAGAGCUCCAAGCAGUGACAGCACGCUGGCCACCAGCGGCAGACAGUGUUCUCUGUGUGGGGAGUGGCCCACCAUGCCUCACACCAUAGGCUGCGAGCAUGUUUUCUGUUACUACUGUGUGAAGAGUAGCUUCUUAUUUGAUGCGUCCUUUGCUUGUCCUAAGUGCGGCACAGAGGUCCACAGCCUGCAACCACUGAAAUCAGGAAUCGAGAUGACAGAAGUGAAUGCCCUUUAGAAGCUACAAUUGUUUCCUUUGAGGAGAACUGUAUUUUGUCUAAAUCCUUAGCAUGAAUCAUCCUAAGCAUACUAUUUAGGUAUGUCUUAUGAGGACAUGUGCUUCUCAGCCACUGCCCUCUGUUCCUUUCCAGGCACGACUAAAUUCUGCUCACACUGGAAACCACAUGAUUCUAAACAUAUGAUAUAAAUGGUAACAUAUUUUUUUUUAAUCAUUGCAUUUAAUUUUUAAUGUCAAGAAUAAUGGAUAGGGCUUCCCUGGUGGCACAGUGGUUGGGAGUCUGCCUGCCGAUGCAGGGGACGCGGGUUCGUGCCCUGGUCCGGGAGAAUCCCACGUGCCGUGGAGCGGCUGGGCCCGUGAACUGUGGCUGCUGAGCCUGUGUGUCCGGAGCCUGUGCUCCGCAACGGAAGAGGCCACAACAGUGAGAGGCCCGCAUACCGCAAAAAAAAAAAAAAAAAAAAAAAAAGAAUAAUGGAUAGUUUUUAUCAAAUGACCACUAAGAAUGCUCCUUCAUUCUACUACUUCCUGGAAAGAGGUUAGACUCUAAAAAUAAAAGAUUGUGGUGACUCUGA